AUGGCACAAAGCGAUGCUCAAACCAGCACCUCGACCGCCGUCACAGAUGGCAACAUCAAGGAGUCGUACUGCGAUGUGCUCGUCAUCGGUGCUGGGCCGGCUGGGCUCAUGGCAGCCAACUGGCUGGCUGUCCAAGGUCUAGGAGCGUCCGUUCGCAUCAUCGACAAGCGAAACGACAAGAUCUUCAACGGUCAAGCCGACGGUCUGCAAUGCAGGACCCUCGAGAUUCUCCAAAGCUUCGGACUGGCCGAGGACAUUUGGCGCCAAAGCAACCGCAUGAUCGAGAUUCGAUUCUGGAACCCAGGACCUGACGGCCAACUGCAGAGGACGGGUAGGAUCCCGGACACCAUCCCUGGCAUCUCGAGGUGGCAGCAGUGCGUGCUUCAUCAGGGUCGCAUCGAGAAGGCGUUCCUCGACAGCAUCGCCAAGCACUCGAACAAUAAGCUCAGCGUCGAACGCGCUGUCCUGCCAGAGACUCUGACCGUCGACGAGUCAGCCAUCGAUGAUGCUAAAGCCUAUCCUAUCCAGGUCGAGGUUCGUAAGCUUUCCGAGGAAGAAGCCACGCCCACCCAGAUGGGCAAGAGCAUUCCCAACGGCCUGUUUCGCUCGUCGUUGGCCCCUGACGAUUCGCCUACAGCUGCCAGCAAUGCCCAUGUGGAGCCCGGAAGUCGGGAGCGCAUCCAUGCUAAGUAUGUGAUCGGAUGCGACGGCGCCCACUCGUGGACCCGCCGUCAGAUGGGAAGCAAGAUGGAAGGAGAUCAGACGUCCUUCAUCUGGGGCGUGCUGGACGCAGUGCCCAUCACUGACUUCCCCGAUGUACGCAAUCGCUGUGCCAUCCAUUCUGCCGAGUCCGGAAGCAUGAUGAUCAUCCCUCGUGAAGAUGGGCUGGUCCGCUUCUACAUCCAGGUCUCGGAGCUCAACAAGGGCGUCGAUCGCUACAACAUCACGCCCGAGAUGAUCCUCAAGACGGCCAAAGCCAUCAUUGCUCCGUACAAGCUCGACAUUGGAGAGGGGGAUCUGGACUGGUGGACCGCCUACGUGAUUGGCCAACGUACUGCCGAAAAGUUUUCGCUCCACGACCGCGUUUUCAUCGCCGGUGAUGCAUGCCACACCCAUUCGCCCAAAGCUGGUCAAGGUAUGAACACUUCGAUGCAAGACACGUACAACCUCACGUGGAAGAUUGCCUCGGUGGUCAAAGGUGUUUCGCCGCGAAGCAUCCUGCCUACGUACGAGAUGGAGCGCAAGCAAAUCGCUCAGGACCUCAUCACGUUUGACCACAAAUUCAGCCGUCUCUUCAGCGGCAAGCCUGCUAAGGACGAAGCAGAUGCUGCUGGUAUCUCGAUGAGCGAGUUUCAGCGGGCGUUCGAGGCGGGCAACCGCUUCGCGUCCGGUUUGUCUGUCAACUACCAGCGAUCGCUGCUCACGGUCAAGCCAGAAGGUAGCAGCCAGACAGCUGUGGAAGGCGGAACCGUCGUUAGCCAUAGUGAGGUGGAAGCACCUGCUGACGGCGUGAUCAGCGACGCUGGUCUUUCUGCAGAAUCGGCAGGAGAGACUCGCAUAGAGUUGGGCAAACGCUUCAACACUGCUCAAGUCGUGUGCCACGCUACCGCUUUGCCUUACGAGCUGGCUGAUCGAAUCGUCUCGGAUGGUCGAUGGCGUGUGGUCUACUUCUGUGGCGACAUCCGCAAUGCCGAGUGCAAGAACGAGAUGCAAUGUUUGGGCGACUACCUGGUGGGGCAACUCUUGCCCAUGUUCACACCGAAAGACCAAGAUCCCGACUCGGUCGUCGAGGUGUUGACUGUCUCUGCCACGCCGCGUGCCGAGAAUGAGAUGCAGGACUACCACGAAGCUCUGCGUCCGUCUACAACUCGACACCACCGCGCCACAGACGAUGGAACCUACAACUUCUCUCCCGACUACCAUAAGAUCUUUGUCGACGACGACACCUACCACGAAGGACAUGGACAAGCGUAUGAGAAGUACGGAGUUGCUAAGGAUCGAGGUACGCUGGUGGUGAUUCGACCAGACGGAUACGUUUCCCUAUUGAUCGAAGCUCGACAGUACGAACAGCUGGGCGAAUUCUUCAAAAAGGUCCUGCAGCCACCCAGUGAGCAUUUGACUCAUCAGCAUACUCGACUGAGACGCGAGCAGGCUAAAUAUAUGCUGGUUGAGGACGAGAAGCAAGUCAAGGCCAAGCUGCCAGCUCGAUCGGGUCUGCCGACCAGUACGUUGGCGUCUGCUCAUUCGCAAAAGAACACUCAAGGAUUCGCUGCGCCCGCUGCUGCCAUGUAG